GAACAUUUAAUGAUCAUGGCAAGCAGAGUAAUUAAGAAUGUUAAAACGGCAAAAAUUAGUAAGAAUUAUUUGACGCAGUUAAUUGUUUAAUUAUACAACAAUUCAAUCAUAGUUCAAUAUUAUCUAAUCCAGUAUUUUAAACAUUUAUCUGUGAUCGAAUAGUUUCAUAGUAUUUGGGCGCCGAGUUGAUGUGUGACAUUAAAGAGGAAGAAUGUAUUUGUAAAAUAUCAGCGCAUGAAUUUUUUGAAGUAAAUCCAACGUCUCUCCUAGCAAUCUGGUCUAAGCUUUUUUAUCUUUGGUUUUUUUUCAUAAAAAAAGAAGAAAUUUUAUUCAGUUUUCUUGUUUAUUUGUUUGUUUUGUAUUUCACUUGUAAGUUUUCUUUAAAUAAACAAAAUAAACAAUAUUUCUCUCAUUUUUUUAAUUUUUGUUUUAAAGAAAGAAAACCCUUGAAUCAAUCAAAUGAUACAGAUCAAUUGCAUUACUUUUAUUUCGAAAUCUUUUCAUUCAAACAAUAGAUUUUUCUAACGGAAAAAAGUAUAUUAAC